UUUCUUUCCAUUUUAUAUAUAUAUAGCCCAAGAUAUUAGUCCCGAUUUGGAAAAAGUUAAAAAAUACCAUUUUCUUUAUAUAUUAAUCAAAUUUACCUUCCUAUCAAAUUUAAUUUAAAUAUACCUCUUAGUUGUAGUGAAAAUAUAGAUGGGCUGCUUGGGCCUGCACUGAAAUUGGGCCUUAACUUUAAUCACCGCCGAAGCCACCAACUUUCUUUCGUAAUUUUCUCUUUAUUUUUUUUGAAUGAGCAGGCCGCCUUGAAAUGAAAUCCGACCGUUGCAAAAAUUAUCCCUCUCAUCCCCAAACGGUCACCUCUAAAAAACACAAUCUUCUUCCAUUCCAACGUUAAAUCCCUCCUAAACCUUGUUUUUCUUUCACACCAAUCAUUCUCUCCAUACCCUGUUUUUCCAUUCAACCCCUUAUUAUUUCUUCUUCUUCUUCCUGCUUUGUUUUCAGGUAAACCACACACAGAUAUAAUAAUAAUCAAUGGAGAACAGGGUUGAAAUGCCUAUUGAAAGCCCAAGCGUACCUGAGAAAACAGUUUCCCAGCCAAUCACACCAACCCCAGUUCGUAUCCAAACAGAUCAAAAUACUCACGACUCUCCCAAUUCUGGGAUCGACUUGCGCAAGCCCACCACCCCAGAUCGUCUUAAUGUUCCCAAGGCAUUUAUAUACCCAGAAAGGUAUAGAAGCCCCACUGAUUCGAUGAUGUCCCCUGUAACGAAAAAUCUUCUUGCAAGAACCAGAAAGGGAGCAUCACUUUUGCCACCAAGUAAAAAUCAACUUAAGAUUCAGGAUUUGCUUCUCCCAGAUGUGGCUCUUCUUCAGUGAUUUAAGAUUUUGGGCAUUAUUGUAUCUGAAAGGGUUGUUCUUUUUUCAAAGGGGGUGUUCGUUAAUGUAAUUUAAAUAUAUUUUCUAUUUAUUUAUCAAUAAGAUUCUGCUCAGCAUGUCCCUAUGCUUUGCUUUGUUUAAGAAAUUUGAUUCUUAUAAAUAAAAGCUUGACACUAAAGCAGCUCAGAUUAUAGUUUC